CCGGCCCUUCCUGCCCAGUGCAGAGGGGGCCGCGGAGCCGAGCCACGGGAGGGAGAGGGCGCGGAGGGUGCCCGGUCCUUCGGACCGUACUGAGGCGGCGGCGGCGGCUCCUCCCUCCUCCCUGAUCGGUCGCGCGCCGGCGGGGUCCGGCCCGUGAGCCGUGCGCAGAAUGGGCAGGUGCUGCUUCUACAUUGUGGGGACGCUGUCCCUGCUCCUGCUAGUGACCAGCGUCACGCUGCUGGUGGCCCGGGUCUUCCAGAAGGCCGUAGACCAGGCGAUCGAGACGAAUAUCGUAUUAAGGAAUGGUACUGAGACCUUUGACUCCUGGGAGAAGCCUCCUCUGCCCGUGUACACCCAGUUCUAUUUCUUCAAUGUCACCAAUCCGGAGGAGAUCCUCGAAGGGGAGACCCCUCUUGUUACGGAAGUAGGGCCAUAUACCUACAGGGAGCUCAGAGACAAAGCAAAUGUACAAUUUGGGGAUAAUGGAACAACAAUCUCUGCUGUUAGCAACAAGGCCUAUGUUUUUGAACGAAAUCUAUCCAUCGGAGACCCUAAAAUUGAUUUGAUUAGAACAUUAAAUAUUCCUGUAGUGACUGCCAUGGAAUGGGUCCAGAACCACUUCCUCAGGGAGAUCAUCGAGGCCUUGCUGAAGGCCUAUCAGCAGAAGCUGUUUGUGACGCACACAGUCGACGAAUUGCUCUGGGGCUACAAAGAUGAGAUCUUAUCCCUCAUCAGCGUCUUCAGAUCUGACAUCUCUCCCUAUUUUGGUUUGUUCUAUGGGAAAAAUGGAACUAAUGAUGGGGACUACGUAUUUCUAACUGGAGAAGACAAUUACCUUAACUUUACAAAGAUUGUGGAAUGGAAUGGAAAAAAGUCACUUGACUGGUGGACAACAGAGAAGUGUAAUAUGAUUAAUGGAACAGAUGGAGAUUCUUUUCAUCCAUUAAUAACCAAAGAGGAAACCCUUUAUGUCUUUCCAUCUGAUUUUUGCAGGUCAGUGUAUUUAACUUUCAGUGGCUUUGAGAGCAUACAGGGACUGCCUGCCUUCCGAUAUAAGGUACCUGCAGAAAUACUAGCCAAUACCUCAGAAAAUGCUGGCUUCUGUAUACCUGAAGGAAACUGCCUGGGCUCAGGAGUCUUAAAUGUCAGCAUCUGCAAGAACGGCGCACCCAUUAUUAUGUCUUUCCCACACUUCUACCAAGCAGACGAGAAGUUUCUUUCUGCCAUAGCAGGCAUGCAUCCAAAUGAGGAAUAUCAUGAGACAUUUGUGGACAUUAAUCCUUUGACUGGAAUUAUCCUAAGAGCAGCCAAGAGGUUCCAAAUCAACAUUUAUGUCAGGAAAUUAGAUGAAUUUGCUGAAACUGGAAAUAUUAGAUCGCUGGUUUUCCCUGUGAUGUUUCUUAACGAGAGUGUUCUUAUUGAUAAAGAGACUGCAAAUCGACUGAAGUCUGUGAUUAACACUACUUUGAUCAUUACCAACAUACCCUACAUCAUCAUGGCGCUGGGUGUGCUCUUUGGUUUGAUCUUUACCGGGCUUGCGUGCAGAGUACAGGGAUCCAUGGAUGAGGGAACGGCAGAUGAGAGAGCACCCCUCAUACGAACCUAACCAUCAUCUGAGCUUGGGUUGGUGAAGGAACUGUGUGAGCUGUCCUGACCUGGCCCACAUCACGGGGAAAUCCUCAGCAUCCUCACAGGCUUGUUGCCUAUUGUAGAGAAGAGGGAGAGGACCCAGUGCUGGCAAGUGAUGAGAACAUUCCAGCCAGCAGGUUAAAGAUAAAGAACAGACUGACAUGGUGGGCCAUUAUGCUUUAUAAAAUCGUGUGGUCCCUGACAAAUUGUUUUGUUUUUCAUGUGUCUAGCAAGUAUUUAAUAAACUCUUGUAAUUUUGUUGUUGGGUGCUGGUAGCUCCAGAAUUUUACGACCACUGUUGUGGUUAUGUCUCUGCAUCACUGGUUAAUACUACUUGGUCUAACCUUAUUCUGUAUGCUUCAGUUACCAAGCUGUGUGCUCAAAAUACAUAUAUACUAUUUUACGUUUUAUUUCUCCAUUUCACCCCCAAAGUAAAAGUAAAUAGAGUUCGGAAUCCAGGGUAAAAGGAUAACCUGAUUCAAUACAUCAUUCAAAUGCAUCUAAUUUCCUCUUUUAAAAAGUUACAUAGUACAGUUUGUGCUCAUUUGCAGUUCAUAAUUCCUCCAGGAAAAUGACUGUUUUCUGAUGCCUUUUAUACUGGGUAAGAAUCAAGCUGGGAAAGGGUUGCGUGGGGUGAGUUGUGGGGUAGGGUGAUAGAGGGACCCAUGAGUUGAUAGUGAUAAGCACCUGAGGAUUUUUUACCUCUGACCAAAAACGUAAUUGAUUAUUUCCAUAUUUGUUUCAUAAUAGUUAUUUGGCUUAAAAUCACAUUUGAUAUUUUCCUUCAGAAAGUCUGUGUGGCAAACCCAUAAACUGCAGUCAGAAUUAUAAAUUGGUUAAGGAUAUACCUAUUUAGCUUUAGGUUGAAAAUAACAAACUAUUUUUCAUGCUCCUUCUCUUGCAGCCAUUAUUGUGGAAAGGCCCCAAAAGGCUUUAUGAGUGUCAGCAUUGUCACGAUCACAGAAUACAAGCAUCCAGUGUUACGAUACUCAGCUUAGAGAGGGAGAAACUAAGACAUAGAGAAGUUGAAUCACUUCUCUCAGGGUGACUGGGAGUUAGGCACAGACAGGGAAUGGGCUUUGCCACUUUUAGCUUCAGGAUUUUCACACUAGACUUUAUUUCCUCGUGUUCUAGAAAAAUCACUAAUAGUAACAUGGAAAAGUACUACACAACUAAUCUAUAUUGGUGUUUUUAUUAAAGGGAGGCUGAUUUUUUUAAAUUUUAAUUGACUGAGAUACGAGUUCUGCAAAAGAUGACUCAUACUUAGUGUUCUAGGCAUUACUGGAGUAAACUGCUUGUUACUCUCGGAGUAUAGAGAACACUGAUCAGAAUGUUCUUCAUGUAGUUUAUGCAAUUGGUUCAUUUCAUGUGAUUCUUGACAUGGUUAUUUCUGUUAAUGCAAAUGAAAUGUUUUACUAAUAAAGUGCUGUUUAUAUGAAAUUGCACCGGAACUUGCAUGUUAUGUCAUCAGAUGCCCAGUUGUCUAUGGAGUUUCAUUUGAAAGAUGCUCUUUGUCCUCUUGACAGAUGCAGCCCUGCUCACACCCCUUGAUUUCAGCUCAGCUGUGGAGUACAGUCAUAGGCAGACUGACAAGUCCCACUUGAAGCAUGUCCCACACUCUGCUUUUCUGCUUCAGGGCUUUCUCCAGAGCCCUUGAAGCCCCCUCAGCCCUGGCAUAGGAGCCUGGGGGAGUUAAUGCCUCCAGGGCAGCCCUUAACCAAAGGAGGUGGGAGUCAACUGAUCAAUGUCCCCAGUCCUCAGAGGGAUAGUUCUUAGGUUAUUCUACUUGGUUCCUCAGCCAGGAUUGAGCCCUGUAAGCCUGGGUGCCUACCAUGUAACCUGCCUUUUAUUAGCUUUACUUCAUUCCCUGUCCAUUCUCCCUGCUCCCUUGCUGCUGCUUCCUCCCAAAUAAUCUACCUGUACUAACAUCCUUAACUCCAGUUCCACUUCCAAGUGAACCAAAGGGGGAAAAAAAAAAAAAAUGCAGACAAAU